CUCCGCGGAGGAUAAGUUGCUGUCAUGUCGGCUGCAAUUGCAGCUUUGGCUGCUUCCUAUGGUUCGGGUUCAGGGUCCGAGUCAGACUCCGACAGUGAGGGCGGCCGGUGUUCGCUGCCGGCCGCCGAUUCCCUCAUGCACUUGACUAAAUCACCUUCGGCCAAACCUUCUCUGGCAGUGGCGGUGGACUCGGCUCCGGAGGUGGCGGUUAAGGAAGAUUUGGAGACCGGAGUUCACCUUGACCCUGCUGUCAAAGAAGUUCAGUACAAUCCUACCUAUGAGACCAUGUUUGCUCCUGAGUUUGGACCAGAAAAUCCCUUUAGGACACAGCAGAUGGCUGCCCCUAGAAAUAUGCUUUCUGGAUAUGCUGAACCAGCUCAUAUCAAUGAUUUUAUGUUUGAACAGCAAAGGAGAACUUUUGCCACAUAUGGUUAUGCAUUGGACCCUUCAUUAGAUAGUCAUCAAGUGUCUACUAAAUAUAUUGGUUCUGUAGAAGAAGCUGAAAAAAAUCAAGGUUUAACUGUAUUUGAAACUGGUCAGAAGAAAACAGAGAAGAGGAAAAAGUUCAAAGAAAAUGAUGCAUCUAAUAUUGAUGGUUUUCUGGGACCCUGGGCAAAAUAUGUGGAUGAAAAAGAUGUAGCCAAACCUUCAGAAGAAGAACAAAAAGAAUUGGAUGAAAUCACAGCCAAGAGGCAGAAGAAAGGCAAACAGGAAGAUGAAAAGCCUGGGGAGGAAAAGACAAUCUUACAUGUUAAAGAAAUGUAUGACUAUCAGGGCAGGUCCUAUCUUCACAUACCUCAAGAUGUUGGUGUUAAUCUCCGGUCAACUGUGCCACCUGAGAAGUGUUACCUUCCAAAGAAGCAAAUUCACGUGUGGUCAGGACACACAAAGGGCGUCAGUGCAGUCAGAUUGUUUCCUCUUUCUGGCCAUCUAUUGCUGUCUUGUUCCAUGGAUUGUAAAAUUAAGCUCUGGGAGGUUUAUGAAGACCGACGCUGUCUGCGAACAUUUAUUGGUCACAGUAAAGCUGUUAGAGACAUCUGCUUCAAUACUGCAGGGACUCAGUUCCUCAGUGCAGCCUAUGAUAGGUAUCUGAAGCUUUGGGACACUGAGACAGGACAGUGUAUAUCAAGAUUUACAAACCGAAAAGUACCAUACUGUGUCAAAUUUAAUCCUGAUGAAGAUAAGCAGAAUCUGUUUGUGGCUGGGAUGUCUGAUAAAAAGAUUGUGCAGUGGGACAUUCGAAGUGGAGAAAUUGUGCAGGAAUACGACCGGCAUUUGGGAGCUGUCAACACUAUUGUUUUUGUUGAUGAGAAUAGGAGAUUUGUAAGCACAUCUGAUGAUAAGAGCCUACGAGUUUGGGAAUGGGAUAUUCCUGUGGAUUUCAAGUAUAUAGCAGAGCCCAGCAUGCACUCAAUGCCUGCGGUGACUUUGUCUCCAAAUGGGAAGUGGCUAGCCUGCCAAUCAAUGGACAACCAAAUAUUAAUUUUUGGGGCACAGAACAGAUUUAGAUUAAAUAAGAAAAAAAUUUUUAAAGGACAUAUGGUAGCAGGCUAUGCUUGUCAAGUGGACUUUUCACCAGACAUGAGCUAUGUGAUUUCAGGAGAUGGAAAUGGAAAACUAAACAUUUGGGACUGGAAGACCACAAAACUCUAUAGCCGGUUUAAAGCUCAUGAUAAAGUUUGUAUAGGUGCAGUGUGGCAUCCUCAUGAAACAUCUAAGGUCAUAACAUGUGGAUGGGAUGGCCUCAUUAAAUUGUGGGAUUAAUAGGAUUAAUCCUUUAACUGUCUAGGGUCGUUUUUGAUCCAGUGUCAUAUUUAACCUUAUUUAAUUAUUAAAUGUGUUGGGUGACAACUUGCUUUACAGAUGAGGUUUUUCUUACAUGGCCUUAUAAAUUGACCCAUUGUUUUAAAAAAAAAAUACAAAAAACUUUGUAAAUUUGACUCAGAUAGUUUCAUUGGCAACU